AGAUGUCAAAACAUUCGCUCAUCUGUAUUGAAAUUGCUGUUUUUCCGCAGUGUUUGCGUAGUAAAUUGUGCAAAAUCGAGAAAAAUCUAAAUAAAAUAUGCUCGGGGAGCAUUGGCAGCAGUUAAAGGAUCGACAUUGGAUGGCCGAGGUCUAAAAUCGGGGAGCUAAGGGGUCUGCAGGUGGAUUAUUACCCAUAGAGAGGCAGUGAAAGAGAGGGACGAAUAGCUGUGGGUGCACCACUAUCAAUAUUUGUCGCCAUGCAUCUGCCAGAUGAACGCUGACUUAUAUUUAGAGCAUGACUCACCUGAGCCCUGCCGCAAGAUCAGUACGAGACUGUUAGCGGGUCCGCCCACCAACCGGAUGUCCAAAUACUCCAGCAGCCAGAGAGAUGCCUUCGCCGUGCCCGCGCCUCCAGUAAGCAGGGAAAACAGGGAUCCACGAAAUUCCCAGGGGAUUAAGCAACGCGAGCCACUGGUCUUCUUCAUCAUGCGACUGAACCUGAAAGCCGUGUUGCUCAUCCUCACCGUGGCCGUGGUGGUGAUCACCCUCGGCGUCUACAUGCGCUGCGCCGCCUUCACCUUCUCGCCGGACCUGAUGCGCCCUCUGGACCGAACAGGCAGGCAGUCCAUUAACGGAGGAGAGGCAACCGCACUGCAGGACAUCGAGUGCUCUAUAAACCAGGAGUACAGUGUGCACUGCAAGCGGGACGAGAACGCCAACGAGGUGUACGUCCCGUUCUCUUUUCUGCGCAACUACUUCGACGUCAGUGGUGCCGUUUCGACCACCGGCAGCGAGGUGGCCAAGUUCAAUUGGGUGCACAGUACGGCCAAGGUCAACCUGCCCAGGGGCAAAUACGAUGCGCGCGGCGUCUUUAUGUACUUCGAGAACUACAACGUGGAGGUUCGCGACCGUGUGAAGUGCAUCAGCGCCGCCGAGGGCGUCCCGGUGAGCACGCAGUGGGAGAAGCGCGGGUACUUCUACCCCACGCAGAUUGCCCAGUUCGCGUUGUCGCACUACAGCAAGAACAUCACGGAGCCGGCGCCCAGGGUGCAUGUCCUAGAGGACGGCGAUGGAAACCAGAUGGACUGGAGCACACCCAAGACCAGCAACAUGACUCGCAUUUGGCACCAUAAGUUCAACACCAGCGUGGUCCAGUUUGAGACGGCACCUGGUUAUGAGGGCGCCAUUAGCAUCGCCCUCAAUCAGACGCUGGACCUGCUCCUCAGUGUGGAUCUCUUGCUGGUCACCAACAGCAGCAGCCUCAUGGUCACCGUCCAGAACCGGGACACCCGGCACACCUACAAUCUCCACUACAUACCCGCCGACCUGCUGCUAAGCGUGCAGGACUCGAACAUCUACUACGGGCUUGGCGGAUCGGCGCUUAACAAGUGGCGCCACAUCACUCGGGACCUGCACAUCGACGUCCAGAAGGGAAUAGUCCUAGGAGACAAACGCUCGCCGUUGAAGGUGCGCCGCUCUGAUCUGGAGGUUUUGGCUAUUGGCUUCCUGGGCCUGGGCUUUUACGACAACAUCACUCUGUCUACCAGUGACCAUCUGGCACACUUUUACGAUGCAGCAGAGUGGUUUAUCCACAACCAGGACUCCAAGACUGGCGGCUGGGCCAAUCCUGUGCGUCGUAGCCUUAACGGCUUUGCUGAGUUGCGCCCGGGCUGGAUCUCGGCCAUGGGUCAGGGGCACGCUAUCUCGGUGCUGUCACGAGCCUACUGGCACUCUGGCGAUGAACGCUAUCUUAGGGCGGCCGCAGCCGGUCUGCAGCCUUACAGGGUAUACUCGCGGGACGGCGGCGUUCUUGCGCAGUUCAUGGACAAGUUUUACUGGUACGAAGAGUAUCCCACCACGCCGCCGUCCUAUGUGCUGAACGGCUUUAUCUAUUCUCUACUGGGCCUCUACGAUCUUAACAGUACUGCGCCAGUGAAAAUCGCCCGGGAGGCUGGGAAGCUAUUCGCCCAGGGCAUGUACUCGUUGAAGAAGAUGCUGCUGCUUUACGACACUGGCUCAGGCACCAGCUAUGACCUUCGCCACCUGAGCCUGGGCGUGGCACCCAACCUAGCGCGCUGGGACUACCAUGCGACGCAUGUGAACCAGCUGCUCCUGCUGGCCACCAUAGAUAGCGAUCCACUGAUUGCACAGACCGCGGAGCGCUGGAAGGGCUACAUGUUUGGCCGGCGAGCCAAGCACAACUGAGAACUAAGGAAACUGGCGGCCUAUCGCCGUCGAAAAAGUGAUAUUUUGUAGGGCUUACGUAUUGUGCUUAACCAUUCUAAAUGGUUGCACCAGGUGCCGUGCCCUUCCCACACCCUCACACUCCUGACCCGGAAAUAAUUUCUCGUUUCUAUUGUGUUGUUUCCGGCCUUAUCUUUGUGCUAGAGUCCUAAUUUAGCUCGGGUAGCUAGGCGCCCAGUGUUAAGCUAUUGUACCUUUACCUUCGAUUGCGUUAUCAGAUGUUAGCCUCGUCUUUAAAGAUUGGUUGAUCCUCCUAUUGAUAGCUUAAUUGUUUGCCGAGAGUAGAUGCACGCGCACUCACUGGACAAUAUCUAGAAUUGAACAUUUAACACUUACUGUUUUAGUCAGUCUUUUUUACUGCGCAAACUAAGUAGAGUUCGUUACUACACUUCCCUGUAUAAAGUAAUAUAGAGAGCUUAGCAUAAUAGUUGUAGAACGUAUGUAGGUAGUAUCCAUUAGAUACAAAAGUAGACUCUUGUAUUUAUCCUCCUGUGUCGAGGUAAUAGUAGCCUUCCCACUCAAAUACCUAACUGCCCCGAUCCCGAAUAACGAUGCACGAUAAUAUCAGUAUGGUAAGCCUGUAAUGUAAUGUAAUGUUUGUAGCGUAUGCCACUUGAGAAUAUUGUGUAUUUCUCGCCACUUAAACGAUGCCAUUCCAAUGUAAUUUUAUUUUAACUCCUAAGUUUUCAACACGACCGAGAAGCUGUCAAUUAAGCAGGUAAUAUCUCCAAUGGCCCACUACUAAUCCCAAAACGAGACUGUUAACGAAAAUGAUUGAUUUUGAGUAUUGAGUUAAGUGAACCAAAUUAAAGUACUUAAUUUAUGUUCUUUGUA